UCCUCUGUAUCUCUCCCUUUCUUUUCGCCUCGCCCUUUCUCCCUCUCUGUAGCUUCUCCGUGUGUACUUUGCCAGUACAGCCGCAGGCAGGCAAGCAGAGCUGAGUCUGUCAUCGGGACUCACUAAUGAGCCCUCCACUCCAUUUCCCCAUGUGGAGGAAUGUUUGCGCUGUAGAGUGAGCGAGCGAGUAAGGGGGGGAGAGAGGGAGACAGACAGGAGAGGGAGGGACGGCGGGAGUGAGUAAGAAGCCAAGAGUGGAGUGUGAGAGGAGCUACCGUACCUGCUGCUCUCACUGCUCAAAUAUUAACAACGGAUUUCAGGGAACUGAUGCUGCUGCUCUGGGACAAACCCAAACUGUGGAGGCAGCCGGGUUCAGUGGUUUGUGGACAGGCACUGUACUGCUGCUGCUGGAGGCACUGCAUAUAAAAGACUGAUGGAGGAGGAGGUCACAGAGCCGGAUCCUCAGAUGGUGGAGCCCUCCAGCAUGCCAUCGCCAGAGACACAUGCGGAGGUAAAUGGAGACUUGCCGGGCAACCCAUACCUGAGGGAUGAUGGGACAGUGGACGUGGUGGAGAGUCCGGCAAGAGAGCCUGUUGUGCUGCAGUAUCCUACAGAGUACAAUCUCAGCCACCAGUGUGGGGAGAAGAUGCCGUUCCACCAUGUAACGGCAGGCCUGCUCUACAAGGGGAACUACCUGAGCCGCUCGCUGUCCGACAGUGACAGCGAUGUGUUGGCCAGCAUCUCUGUUGAGGAGCUUGACGAGAUCAGAGAGGCGUUUAAGGUGCUGGAUCGUGAUGGAAACGGGUUCAUUUCCAAACAGGAGCUGGGCAUGGCCAUGCGGUCUCUGGGUUACAUGCCCAGUGAGGUGGAGCUGGCCAUUAUCAUGCAGAGACUAGACAUGGAUGGGGACGGGCAGGUUGAUUUUGAGGAGUUCAUGACGAUUCUUGGUCCCAAGCUCCUCUCAUCUGAAACAAGAGAAGGCUUUCUGGGCAGCACAAUCGAUACCAUCUUCUGGCAGUUCGACAUGCAGAGAAUCACCCUGGAGGAGCUGAAACACAUCCUGUUCUGCGCCUUCCGUGACCACCUCACCAUGAAGGACAUUGAGAACAUCAUCAUCAAUGAGGAAGAAAGCCUAAAGGAAAACUCUGGCAACUGUCAGACAGAGUUUGAGGGAGUUCACCCCUCAAAGAAGAACCGUCAGACGUGCGUGAGGAAGAGCCUCAUCUGCGCCUUUGCCAUGGCAUUCAUCAUCAGUGUCAUGCUCAUCGCAGCCAAUCAGAUGCUGAGGAAUGGCAUGGAGUAGCUGUGCCCACUGUGAGCUGGAAACAAGCCAGCCUGCAUGUGCAUGCCAGUGGGUGAGGUCGUGUCCCUGUUGAUUGGAAAAGAACUGCAAGGAGCAACGCUCGAAAUAAUCAACGAAAUCUGUUUUUAAAAUUGUUUUUAGUGUUUUUGAACGAGGGCCACGUCUCCACCCGACGUCCAAUAAAACCAUGAAGCCAGCAUGAGGAGUCGCGCAGGACUCCUCCCCCUUUACUCUGACAGGGACACUCAAGGGCUGACAUUACACAUAACAUACUGUUGUCUCUGUUUCCUUGGUGUAAUAAAAAAUAAAUAAAAAAUCCGACAACGAUGCAGGAGUUAAGAGCUGUUCGCUUUUCCAGCAGCCGAAAGUGAUGCACUUCUGCUGAUCUGUCACCCACCAGAAGACUCACGAGCUAUCAGGGCUGCAGUCUGGCUCCCAGGAGAGAAAGGAAGGAAGGAAAUAUUUGCCCUCUUAUUAGAGCUCCUGAGAAAAGAUGAUGGCAAAGCUUGCCACCACUGAAGCAGGAGGAUCUGUACAGGCCACAGCUUCUCUCACGUUAUAAUACUCCAGCACUCCAUCUAACUACUCUCUCUGGGGGCUAGUAGGUGCUGGCAUCAGUUCAUCAGCCCUAGAAGCCAAUCAGUCAAGCAUCUGAAAUGUUAUAUGGUAACUCCGGGCUUGUCUUUUGAAAGAACAGAGAACAUUGGGAAAUAUGUUAUUUUUUCCUCUUCCUGGACACUGUUGGGUGAACAGUGUGCAGAGUGCGAAGAAAAAGUCCUAUUUACAGAAAAAAAAUCCACCCUCCAAUGCUCUAGGUACUGUGUGUGUGUGUGUGUGUGUGUGUGUGGUAUACAGGUGUGAAUCCAUUGCAUUCAACUGUGUCAUAAUGUGUAGGUGGAAAUAGCGAGGAUAAUGGUAGAAUCAGAGUGGCGAGACGUUUUUCCAGCUGAGAAAACUUGAAUCUUGCCUUUUAAUCUAAAAGUAAAAUGUCUUGUGGCGUUGAAGCAUUCAGGCUUCAUGUCAGAGUUCCAGCACCAUGUCUUUUGCUACUCUUUGAUGACAAGGGACUGCUACAUAACCCUAACAUAUCACUGUUUUAAAUACUUAUUUAACCAAGAUUUUAUGAUCUGGAAAUACAUCUGUGACACCAUCAUGUGGCAUCGUCAUCAUAACUCGUUUAGGAAGAAUACAACCAACCAAAGACAAGUCACCACCAAGAGAGUGAUAAAGUGUUUCAGGGUGGAUUUUUUUCAUUUGAAUUUUGGGUGUUUUUUGUUUUGUUUUUCUUGUCCUUUUAAUCACCCCACAUCAAUUUAAAGAUUUCUUAAUGCUGUGAAAAAUUGCUGAGCAGUUCUAAAACCCAAAUUUAAAAGUUUAGUAUCAUCAUAAAUGUGGUAUAUAUUAUU